AUGACGGCAGAAGAAGCACUCCAACAGGACGGAACGAUCAGGGCCUUGGAAGAAGGGCUCAAGACCAUCAUCUUCACUGUUGACAACAUUGUCAGUCUGAAUUACGGCAUUGACUUUUACGUCGAUCAAGUGGAGACGGAGAAAAUCGACCCCUCGGCAAGUCCUACCACGGCCGGACUCGACAACCAGAGCUUCAACUUCGCAGUAAGCUGGCGUUCCUAUCAACGGAUUCGCACCGUCUUCCAGUACACAUUCGUCUGCGGGGGCGCUGUGCUAGCCAUGGCGAAUGUCCUCUACAUCAUUGCAAGAAAAGAGAGGUGGACCAAAGGUGCCGUUCUUCGUGUCAUCUUCAACUUCCUCAUCGCCCUAGGAUUGGGUCUCGUGGCCUGCGUUUCUCAGAACACCAUGGGCUUCUUCAAUUACCACACCAGCACCUGGAUCCUGCCGACCUUUGUUUUCGCAUACCUGCUCGUUUUCAUCGUGAACCAUCUCACAGGGGAGCGGCGGAUGGUUAGUGUAAUUGCUGGCGGCCUCAGGAAAGGAAAACGACAGAUCAUGCCCUUGAAACGGCGCAGCAAAGCUAAAGAAAACAUGAGGGAGGUUGACGAGGAACGGCAUAAGAGCGCUUCAACUACCAAUUCAAUUGCCGUCGUAGCAACGGCAAGCCCCUGA